AUUAUUCGCAUCUUUGCUCUCAAAUCAUUAAUAAUAAUAAUGUCUCUAUUAUUUCCAUUGUAUAAUACCUCUCAAUUAAUUUAUUGUUCCCCACCACCUAAUUCUUGUCGAAGAAAAAAUUCCCUGACCUGCGAAUUCUUCAACCCCCAUAGGUGUUGGAGAUAAUUCAGCUGUACAGGUCAGUCUGUGAAACUGCCCUUUCCUGACUCUAAGUGGCAUGUGAAGAAGCCAGAAAUAAUCUGACUCGAUCUACCUCCAUAAAUGGACAAAAAACAUCACAUCGCCAUAUAUACUACUGCAAGUAUUCCUUGGCUAACUGGGACUUCCGUCAAUCCUCUCUUUCGUGCUGCCUAUCUUGCAAAAGAUGGCGAGCAAAAGGUCACCUUGGUUGUUCCUUGGCUGCCAUUGAAAGAUCAGGAACAUGUUUUUCCCAGUGGUGUCAAAUUUAAUUCACAUUUGGAGCAGGAAAAGUGUGUCCGCCAGUGGGUGGAAGAGAGGACUGGAUUUGCAUCAAAUUUUAGCAUACGUUUUUACCCUGGAAAGUUCUCUCUGGAGAAAAGGAGCAUUCUUGCUUUAGGGGAUAUAACUGUAAUUAUCCCAGAUGAUGAAGCAGAUGUUGCAGUCCUUGAGGAGCCUGAGCAUCUUACGUGGUUUCAUCAUGGAAAGAGAUGGAAAAAGAAAUUUCGUUUGGUUGUAGGAAUUGUUCACACCAAUUACUUGGAAUAUGUUAGAAGAGAAAGGAAUGCUGUGGAGGCUUUUUUCUUGAAACAGAUAAAUACUUGGGUUGUCGAUCUUUAUUGCCACAAGGUCAUCAGGUUAUCUGCUGCCACCCAGGAUCUCCCAAGAUCCCUGGUCUGUAACGUGCACGGAGUCAAUCCAAAGUUCCUUCAGAUUGGGAUGAAAACCAUAGAGAAGCAGCAAAAUGAUAAGCAAGCUUUCAGCAAAGGUGCCUACUACAUUGGUAAGAUGUUGUGGAGUAAAGGAUACAAGGAACUACUUAGACUCUUACGUGAUCAUCAAAAGGAACUUGCUGGAUUAGAAAUAGAUUUAUACGGUAGCGGUGAGGAUUCUGCUCAAAUUGAGGUGGCUUUUAAGAAGUUGGAAUUUACAGUUAAGGUCCAUCCAGCGCGUGAUCAUGCUGAUCCUAUAUUUCACAACUAUAAAGUGCUUCUUAAUCCAAGCACGACGGAUGUUGUUUGUACAACUACAGCUGAAGCACUAGCUAUGGGCAAAAUAGUUGUAUGCGCCAACCAUCCAUCGAAUGAAUUCUUCAUGCAGUUUCCAAAUUGCAGAACUUAUGAUAAUGGUGAAGGUUUUGUUAAAGCUACACUCGAGGCAUUGGCUGACGAGCCUGCUCCUCUGGCUGAUAAACAGAGGCAUGAACUUUCCUGGGAAGCAGCAACUGAUCGAUUUAUGAAUUCAGCACAGCUGGACGUCGUGCCAAUAAAGAAAAUAGCAAAGACUGGUUCGAAAUCUUUCCUCUCCACAUCGUUAAGUUUGAAGAAAAAACUCGAGGAUGCAUCAGCGUCGGUACAUUUCAUGGGGACUGGAUUUCUGAGUUCACAACCGGAUGAAGAGCAAUGUAAAGAGCUGGGAUUAGCCAUUCCUGCAAAGAAAAAGGGAUUUUCUUCUGGAAGAUGGAUAUGAGAGGCAUAGUCUGCAGGCUGGUAUCUUGAAAGCAUGAUGCAAAUUGUUUGUCAUUAGUGUUAAUAUUUCUCUUUUUUUUUUUUUUGGGACAGCCAACAAUGUAGUCUUUUCUGUUGAAGUGAAGGAUUUGCUGUUUAGAAUUAACAAUCAUUCAAUUUGUUGUUGUAUUAUAAGAUUCUUUAGUUGUUAUAAAAGCAUGACAUUAAUGGCU